AUCCGUUCAUGCAGACUUGCUCUGGUCGUUCGCCCAAGGCAAGGCUUUUUUAAGCAUAGACGCGGGUAUUUAGUGGCAACGGGAGCGCCUUCUGCAGUGAAAGCGAAAGAGACGGUCCUUUGGCCGAAACCCAGGGAGAGAGACAAUGAGCAAAGUCCUUGCUGCUGCAAUGAAGCAACAACAAACAGAAAGUGACCACACCUGAGCUAACACCUUUCCUCCAGCGAGCGACUCGCUUUCGGUAUCCACACCCUCCCCCGAGAUUGGGGUGUGGGGGGCGGUUUCGGGGAAACGAAACCUGUGGUUUUCGCUGCCGAUUCAUAUUUACCAGUAACGGGGAGUCCCCGGGCUGAGCAGAGCCGAGCGGAGCCGCCCGGAGAGGAACUGGCGAGCGAUUAGCGGCGGGACCGGCGGCAGCAGCGACAGCGACAGCGACAUCUCCCCAGCGCAGAGACUGGCCAACCCCCGCCACCCGGAUUGCCCUGGAUCACCCCAAGAAUUGGGGGAAAGAAAUGAGAGACUCCCUGAUGGGUAUUCUUACCGACGCCAAUAUUGGCUUUGCCCUUGACCUCUACCAGAAGCUCUGUGAAGAUAAUACAACAAAGAAUAUUUUCUUUUCUCCAUUAAGUAUCACAACUGCUCUGGCGAUGGUGUAUCUUGGUGCUAAAGGCAGCACUAGCAAACAGAUGGCUAAGGUGCUGCGUUUUGCUGCAGAAGAAAAUACCCAUGCUGAAUUCCAGAGGCUGCAGUCCGACAUGAAUAACCUCAGCACUUCCUGUCUUCUGAAGGUGGCAAAUGGUCUCUACAGGGAAAAAAGCUUCAAUUUUCACCCUGAAUACCUUGAAUCCGUAUGGAAGUUCUACGGGGCUCAAGUUACCGGUGUUGAUUUUGCAGCAGGAUCAGAGGAGACCAGAAUCCAGAUCAACUCGUGGGUGGAGGGACAGACCGAGGGUAAGAUCCAGAACUUGUUAGCUCAAGGCACAAUUGAUCAGGAGUCAAAACUUGUUCUUGUGAAUGCCAUCUACUUCAAAGGGAACUGGGAGAAAACAUUUGAUGAAGAUGAUACUGAGGAAAGGCCAUUCAGGUUCACAAAGGAUGAAUCUAAGCCAGUGAAAAUGAUGUGUCAGAAAGGAACAUUUAACACAACAUACAUUGAGGAGGUUGCAACUAAUAUCCUGGAGCUCCCUUAUGUUCAGAGUGAGCUGAGCAUGUUCAUCUUGUUACCUGAUGAAAUCAGCGGAUUGGAGAAGCUGCAGAAGAACUUGACGUAUGUCAAGCUAUUGAAAUGGAUCAGCACGGAAAAUCUGGAUCCUUCUGAAAUAUUUGUUUACCUGCCUAAAUUCAAGCUGGAAGAAAGCUAUGACCUGAGGCCCACGCUUUCUGCGAUGGGAAUGUCGGAGGUUUUUGAUACGAAGAGUGCCGAUUUCUCCGGAAUGACUGGGACAGGCCUCCUGUCUUUGUCCGAAGUGGUUCACAAGUCCUUUGUGGAGGUUCAUGAAGAGGGAAGCGAGGCAGCAGCCAGCACAGAGGCCACAAUGACAUUUCGAUGUUUCAACUUCACAGAAGAAUUUAUAGCUGAUCAUCCUUUCCUAUUUUUCAUCAGACAUAAUAAAACUCAAAGCAUCUUAUUCUUUGGACGCUUCUCUUCACCUUAGAAAGAACUUUUACUUGUGCCCUCAAUAAACGCCCACGACCUGUCUAGUAAUGCAUGUACCAGUCUCCGCAUUAAUAUAGGAUCUUGCGUCAUCAACAUUUCCAAGCAGUUCAUAGUGAGUUCAUUUAGAAUUGUGUCAGCAGUCACCAGUAUUAAUUAAUUUCAGUGUUGGAUUCCACAUAAUCUUAACUAUUACUUUCUUUUGGCAGCAAUGAAGGUCAGCAUACA